AUGGCAUCAUUCAGGUUUUGCGCAGAAUGUAACAAUAUGUUGUACCCAAGAGAAGAUAAAGAAGAUCAAAGAUUAUUAUAUGCAUGUAGAAAUUGUGGUUAUACAGAAUUAGCAGAAAAUCCAAAAGUUUAUAGACAUGAAUUAAUUACAAAUAUUGGAGCUACUGCUGGUGUAGUUGAAGAUAUUGGACAAGAUCCAACAUUACCUAGAAGUGAUAAAGAAUGUACUAGAUGUGGGAAUAGAGAUUGUGUGUUUUUUCAAAGUCAACAAAAGAGGAAAGAUACUAGUAUGAUACUAUUUUUUGUUUGUUUGGAAUGUAAAAAUGUAUUUCAAGCUUAA